GUAACAGUGCCCACCGGCCAUCGCUCGCGGCCCUCCCAUGUGCGGAAGCGGGGUAUAGGGGAAACGGGGAGGAGCUUCUCGUACCACGCCCCCGGUGGGCAUGCGAGAGGCGAGAUGAUGUACGUGGGCUCCCCGCCUCGCGCCUACCACAUGUCUCACAAGAACUCGAGGUAUGCGUCGAGAACGUCCAUGGACCCCAUUUCGCCAGGUGCCAUGAGUCCACCCAAGAGCCCAACUGGAACGAAAAAUGAUGGACCUACAAAGAGUCCAUCUUCAGCGUCCCUUUCGAAAUUCCAUAAUAAGGUGAUGGACAAGCUGAAGAGUGUCCUACACCUGAAGGAAGACAGCAGUCAGGACGAGAACCAAGAGGACACCAGAGGGCAGUCAUGAAGAACGGGGAGUGAAGGGACCAGAGCACCCAGGCAGCGAAGAACCGUCUGCAGCAGAACCUUACACGACGAAGCCUUGUGAUGGCCAAGAACUUCGAAACCAAAAAAAUAAAAAAAAAAGAGGAGGUUCUGCCGAAGAUAAAGAUUGAUGAAAGAUGAAGAAUUACAUGGUGGAGGAAUUGGGUGACUUCUUUAAACUGGAUUUAAGACUUUUCUUUGGUUCUUCGAGUGGUGAUGUUGGGUUGAGGAAGUUUGACUGAAAAAAAUAUGGAAAAAAGGAAUGUGGGAACUGCUGGACAGUGUGCAGAAGGGAAUCAGAUGGAUCCCCCCCCCUCUUUUAUACUAGUGAGCCAGAAAUUCGGUGGGAAAAAAGACGUAUUCUCUGUCACUCGCCCAUUUCUUCUUCCCAAUAUCUCUCAUUUAUCAUUUCUUCGUUCGUCCCUUCGAGCUGUUGCACACAUUUCCUCAAAUUAAAUAGACAUUUGAAA